AUGUUCGUCUUUGUGCUGGUACUCGUAAUCGUCGCCGGUGCUUCUGCAGAUUCACCAUUAGCUCGGUCUGUGUGUUCAAAUCCACCGAGAGGGGAUGAUAAAAUACGCAAAGCCUUCCUAGAGGGACAUAACAAAAUCAGACAGGAGCUUGCCACUGGAGGUAUAGAUGAUGACAUGGGCACUCUACCGGGAUCGACAAGCUUGUUUAUGUUGUCGUACAACUGCGAACUGGAAGUACCAGCUCUAAGAGCUUCCAGCGCAUGUGAAUCUGAGAGCAACACGCCAGGUGUCAUAGAGGGAAAAUCUGUUAACUAUGGAAUAGCACGUGGUCACAAUGCCGCUCCUUCUGAUGAUGAAGCUGUAGUCGACAUAGAAAAAUUGUUGGAGAAAUGGAAGGAGACGCGUUACAAUGUCAAUUUCGACAAAACUACCGUUAUCUACGAGAGCGAAGAUGCUGCACCGUUUGCAAGAAUUGUUUACAACAAGUCGAUUUCGCUGGGAUGUGCGGUAACUCAUUGUGGACCGAAAAGAACUGCAUAUGCUUGCGCAUACAGUGCCAGCCCAGUCUUUGGAAAACCGCUUUACUGGCCCUCAACGAAAGGUGCCGGGUGUACGAAACACACUGAAUGUAGAAAGGCAAUACCUGGUAAAGAUAUCACGUGCGAUGCUACUCUAAACCUCUGUUUUACGAGUUCGUUGGAUAUAAAUGAUAUUGAUUCAACAGCAGGAAAUUCACUAAAUGUUGCUGAAACGAAACCAGAUGGUCCUAGUGGUGUGUUGAGCAGAGCGAUGCGUCAGACGGUAGUCGAUACGCAUGAAGGAGACAGAUCGCCGCUUGCUCAGGGGACCGACAGAAAUUGA